GUCUCGCAGGGCUGCAGCUGGAGUCUGUUCCGCUUCACCUGGAGUUUACACCGGGACACACCGCUCUCUCCCCAGGCUGCUGCGGGACACCUGAAGACACACGUCUCUUCAGUUCAGCCAGAGACUGAAGCUGCACUCAAAUGUCGCUUCCUCUUUCGCGUUUACACUAUUUUACAGUCGGUUUAAGGAUUUAGCUGGUUCCUCCCAACUCCUUUUUCACAGUUACCUGUGAACCGGAGCAGCUUCUUCAACAUGGCUUCUUCCCCCACAGGUGACGACGAGGAACAGACGGAUAUAAAUGCCUGUUAUCUGCGAUCAGCUCGGGCCGGGAACCUCGAGAAAGCUUUGGACUACCUGAAGAAUGGAGUCGACAUCAAUAUUUGCAAUCAGAAUGGUCUAAAUGCUCUCCAUCUGGCCUCGAAGGAGGGCCAUGUGGAGGUGGUGGCUGAGCUCAUCAAGCACGGCGCCAACGUGGACGCAGCUACCAAGAAAGGAAACACAGCUCUUCACAUAGCCUCCCUCGCUGGGCAGAUCGACGUGGUGAAGGAACUCGUCACCCACAGUGCCAACGUCAAUGCACAAUCUCAGAAUGGCUUCACUCCGCUGUAUAUGGCGGCGCAGGAGAACCACAUGGACGUGGUGCAGUACUUAUUGGACCACGGCUCGAGUCAGAGCAUCGCCACUGAGGAUGGGUUCACUCCUCUGGCAGUGGCGUUGCAGCAAGGCCACGAGCAGGUGGUUUCCCUGCUGCUGGAGAACGACACUAAAGGGAAAGUUCGCCUCCCCGCGCUACACAUCGCUGCACGGAAGGACGACACCAAGGCCGCCGCGCUCCUCCUCCAGAACGACCACAACGCUGACGUCGAGUCCAAGAUGAUGGUGAAUAGAACAACAGAGAGCGGUUUCACUCCACUCCAUAUUGCGGCUCACUACGGCAAUAUCAACGUAGCAACACUCCUGAUGAACAGAGGGGCAGCUGUGGACUUCAAGGCAAGGAAUGACAUAACACCACUGCACGUAGCAUCCAAACGUGGGAACGGCAACAUGGUGCGACUGCUGCUGGAGAGAGGGUCCAAGAUAGAUGCACGAACCAAGGACGGUCUGACUCCUCUCCACUGUGGAGCCAGGAGUGGCCAUGAGCAGGUGGUGGAGAUGCUGCUGGACAGAGGAGCUCCAAUACUAUCCAAGACAAAGAACGGUUUGUCUCCGCUCCACAUGGCGACCCAGGGCGACCACCUGAACUGCGUCCAGCUGCUGCUGCACCACGAGGUGCCUGUGGAUGACGUGACCAACGACUAUCUGACAGCGCUGCACGUGGCAGCACACUGCGGACACUACAAGGUGGCAAAGGUGAUCGUGGACAAGAAGGCCAACCCCAACGCCAAGGCUCUGAAUGGUUUCACCCCCCUGCACAUUGCCUGUAAGAAAAACAGAGUCAAGGUGAUGGAGCUACUUCUGAAGCAUGGAGCGUCGAUACAGGCAGUCACUGAGUCCGGUCUGACUCCAAUCCAUGUUGCAGCGUUUAUGGGACACGACAACAUCGUGCACCAGCUGAUCAACCACGGGGCUUCACCAAACACAAGCAAUGUGAGGGGGGAGACAGCGCUCCACAUGGCAGCGAGGGCCGGACAGUCUAAUGUGGUCAAAUAUCUGAUCCAGAAUGGAGCACGGGUCGAUGCCAAGGCCAAGGACGACCAGACACCGCUGCACAUCUCAAGCCGUCUUGGUAAGCCAGACAUCGUCCACCAGCUGCUGACAAACGGAGCUUUCCCAGAUGCCACCACAAGCUCCGGAUACACUCCUUUACACCUGGCUGCCAGGGAGGGACACAGAGAUAUCGCUACAGCGCUGCUGGACCAAGGAGCCAGUCUGGGAAUCAUUACCAAGAAGGGCUUCACUCCGUUGCAUGUGGCUGCAAAGUAUGGCAAGAUCGAAGUCGCCAACCUGCUGCUGCAGAAAAACGCUCCGGCUGAUGCUGCUGGGAAGAGUGGACUAACUCCACUGCAUGUGGCAGCACACUAUGAUAACCAGAAGGUGGCGCUGCUCUUGCUCAACCAGGGAGCUUCACCGCACGCCGCUGCAAAGAAUGGUUACACACCACUCCACAUUGCCGCUAAGAAGAAUCAGAUGGAGAUUACCACCACCUUGCUGGAGUACGGUGCCUCCACCAACACAGUGACCCGCCAGGGCAUCACUCCUCUGCACCUCGCUUCACAGGAAGGCAACGUGGACAUAGUGACGCUGCUGCUGGCCCGAGACGCUCCGAUCAAUAUGGGCAAUAAGUCCGGUCUGACCCCACUCCACCUGGCUGCCCAGGAGGAUAAAGUCAACGUUGCUGAGGUGUUAGUCAACCAGGGAGCUACUCUAGACCCUGAGACUAAGCUGGGAUACACUCCGCUCCAUGUGGCCUGUCACUAUGGCAACGUAAAGAUGGUCAACUUCCUGCUGAAAAAUCAGGCGAAGGUCAACGCUAAGACCAAGAACGGUUACACACCUCUCCAUCAGGCUUCACAGCAGGGACACACACACAUCAUCAACCUGCUGCUUCAUCACGGAGCAUCGCCCAACGAACUCACAGCUAAUGGGAACAGCGCUCUGUCCAUUGCAAGGAGGCUCGGCUACAUCUCUGUCGUUGACACGCUCAAAGUAGUCACAGAGGAAACUCUUACCACGCAGACUGUUACAGAGAAGCACAAGAUGAACGUUCCAGAGACCAUGAACGAGGUGCUGGACAUGUCCGAUGACGAUGUCUGUAAAGCCAAUGUCCCCGAAAUGAUCACAGAGGACUAUAUAUCUGAUGUGGAAGAAGGUGAUGAUGCAAUGACGGGGGACACAGACAAAUAUCUAGCCCCCCAGGACCUGCGGGAGCUGGGGGACGACUCGCUCCCACAGGAGGGCUACAUGGGCUUCAGCGUUGGAGCGCGUUCACAGAGCCUGCGUUCCUUCAGUUCUGAUAGGUCCAACACGUUGAAUCGGAGCUCCUUCACGCGGGACAGCAUGAUGAUAGAGGAGAUGCUGGCACCUGGCAAGGACAUGCAUCUGGCGGUGGCUAAGGACUGCGAUAACGACUCUCUGAGGAGAUACAGUUGGAACCCAGACGCCCAUGAUAAUGUCAACAUAGUGUCCUCGCCAAUACACUCGGGUUUUUCCUCUCCGCUCCCGCAGUACGACAGCAGGUUCCUGGUCAGCUUCAUGGUGGACGCCAGAGGUGGCUCCAUGAGAGGGAGUCGUCACAACGGCAUGCGCAUCAUCAUCCCGCCCAGGAAGUGCACAGCGCCCACCAGGAUCACCUGUCGCCUGGUCAAGAGACACAAACUGGCCACGCCCCCUCCGAUGGUGGAAGGAGAAGGCCUGGCCAGCCGAUUGGUUGAAGUCGGUCCUGCAGGAGCUCAGUUCCUCGGGCCUGUGAUUGUGGAGAUCCCUCAUUUUGGCUCGAUGCGAGGCCAGGAGAGAGAGCUGAUCCUGCUGCGCAGCGAGAACGGGGAGAGCUGGAAGGAGCACGUGUACGACUACAAGACUGACGACCUCAGGCAGCUCCUCAGUGGGAUGGAUGAAGAGCUGGACAGUCCUGAGGAGCUGGAGAGGAAGAGAAUCUGCCGCAUCAUCACCAAGGACUUCCCACAGUACUUUGCUGUUGUGUCUCGAAUCCGGCAGGAGACCAAUCAGAUGGGACCAGAGGGCGGAACUCUGUGCAGCCGCAGCGUCCCAUUGGUUCAAGCUUCCUUCCCUGAGGGGGCGCUAACCAAGAAGAUAAAAGUUGGACUGCAGGCCCAGCCGGCACCCGACGACACUGUGAAGAAAAUCCUCGGUAACCGGGCAACCUUCAGCCCCAUCGUUACCGUGGAGCCCAGAAGAAGGAAGUUCCACAAACCCAUCACCAUGACAAUCCCAGUCCCGCCUCUUUCAGGGGAGGGGUUUACCAACGGCUACAAAGGAGACUGUACGCCAUGUCUCCGCCUUCUCUGCAGCAUCACAGGUGGUACGUCCCCUGCACAGUGGGAAGACAUCACUGGCACCACUCCUCUCACUUUCGUCAAUGACUGCGUCUCCUUCACCACUAAUGUUUCUGCAAGGUUCUGGUUAGCUGACUGCCACCAGAUCCCAGAGACGGUGGGCUUGGCCAUGCAGCUGUACAGGGAACUCAUCUGCGUGCCCUACAUGGCCAAGUUUGUUGUGUUUGCUAAGACCAACGACCCAAUGGAGUCCAGACUGAGGUGCUUCUGUAUGACAGACGACAAGGUGGAUAAGACCCUGGAGCAGCAGGAGAACUUUGAGGAGGUGGCCAGGAGCAAGGACAUAGAGGUUCUGGAAGGCAGGCCCAUUUAUGUGGACUGCUAUGGAAACGUGGCUCCUCUGACUAAAGGUGGUCAGCAGUUAGUUCUUAACUUUUACGCCUUCAAGGAGAACCGUCUGCCCUUCUGUGUCAAGGUGAGAGACCCCAGCCAGGAACCCUGCGGUCGUCUUACGUUCCUCAAAGAGUGUAAGACCAUAAAAGGCCUUCCACAAACUGCCGUUUGCAACCUGAACAUCACACUGCCAGCAGUGAAAAAGGAAAUGGAGUCAGAUGCCGAGGACGAGACUGAAAAGCCAGAGCGACGUCAUACCUUUGCAUCCCUAGCCUUACGUAAGCGCUACAGCUAUCUGGCCGAGCCUGCACUGAGCCCUCAGAGUCCCUGUGAGAGAACAGACCUUCGCAUGGCAAUAGUAGCCGACCACCUCGGACUCAGCUGGACUGAGCUGGCCAGGGAGAUGGAUUUCUCUGUGGAUGAGAUCAACUUUAUCAGAGUGGAGAACCCCAACUCCCUGACAGCACAGAGCUUCAUGCUCCUUAAGAAAUGGGUGUACAGGGACGGUAAAAACGCCACAACGGAUGCUUUAACUGCGGUGCUGACUAAGAUCAAUCGGUUGGAUAUUGUGACUUUGCUGGAAGGGCCCAUAUUUGACUACGGUAACAUUUCAGGCACACGCUGCUUUGCCGAUGAUAACGCAGUAUUCCCGGAUCAGUCCGAUGGAUACGACAAUAUAGACCUGGAACUGCAAACCCCCACAGAACUGAACUCCCAGCCCCCCACCCCUCUUCGCCCAGACGACUUCUUUAGUGAGGGCGAAGCUAGCGCAGACUCCCCUAGCAAGAUCACGCUUACUAGACCUAGCGACCUCUCUCUCACUCAGACCACCAGUACUUCCAGCAGUGACCCCCCCACAGUCGCCCCAGGCCCCACCUCCAGUGCCGCUCAGCCCCCCAUCGUUGGAGCAGAAGAUACAGCGUUGACCAGUGGAGAAGUAGAGAUUUCUAAGGAAGAAAAGACAGGGCUGGUUUAUUAUGACAGGCCCGAUAAUGACAGAAGGGCAGUAGAGCAAUCAGGAAAGGGAACACAGGGGUACGCUGAGGCCUUAGAGGAAGAACUGAAGGCAGAGGAACAAGGUGUUUUGGAGCGUCAGGGAGAGGAUGCCGCCUCAGAAACACCUCAUGGGAAUGGAAGGCAUGAAGAAGAGGAAGAGGAGGAGGAGAUGACCCCGGAGAGGCUGCAGAGUCUGCUGGACGAUAUAAAGCUGGAGGGAGGCUUGGAGGACGAGGAGAUGACAGAGGAGAGGAUGAAUGCUAUUCUCGAUCAAUUGCACCAAGCAGAAAAAGACGUGUGUUCAGUUCCAGGCUGGAGAAAUGAGACGUCCGGCGCAACCGCAGAGUCAGCAGCCCCCGGCCUCAGCCCCGGCACCGAGGAGGGCAGCCCCGACAGUCUGGCUGAUUCUUUGGAGCAGCCCCCGGCUAAGGCCAACCGACAGAACGGAGGUCACAUCGACACCGUCAGGGAAGGAAAGGAAAAGGAAGCCAAGAGGAAGGGAUCUCAGGAGGACAGCAGCACAGCGGGACCAAGCGGAGGACGGGAGGAGGGAGGAGAAAGGUCCCAGCACAAAGUCCAGCAGAGUGUUAUAGAUGAGUCCGGCUCCGAUGGGGAGACCACUGUCACCACCAGGGUGUUCCGCAGACGGGUCAUACUCAAGGUGUGUAAGGCCUGCUGUGUGGCGGCUCCAGGCAGAGUGAACAUGCUUAAAGCUUUCAGAAACAAGUGUGUGUCGAGGCGCCAGUUGCAGAAACAGAACAAAAACGUAGAAGCUGUGCUGGUGUGUGCUCAGCAUUUGUGUGUUUUUUACUUGGUGUUGUAUUUGUGUGACAGAGAGUGUAACAUACAGAGUGUUUCCAUCCAACUGCUUUUUGGAGAGUUCAAAUUCAAGAAGUUUAAAUAUCACACAGAAUUUGUUUAUGCUUGGAUUUUUUUUAAAUGCCUGAAUAAAUACCACAUUUCCAUCAAGUUCACCGUAAUUCCAAUUACAUAAUGUUGUUUGGAGUCU